AUGUGUCUCCCGAUUGACGGCAACCAUGCUGACUUUAGUGCGCGAUUGGCCGGCCUCCAGGUCGGUCCUGCGCAGUCCGAACCCAGUGGUGAUUUCGGUCUCAUUGGCCUUGCGGUCAUGGGCCAGAACUUGAUCCUGAACGCAGCUGAUCAUGGCUUCACUGUCGUUGCCUUCAACCGAACUGUCUCCAAGGUCGAUCGGUUCUUGGACAAUGAGGCCAAAGGCAAAUCCAUCGUCGGAGCUCACUCCAUCGAGGAGUUCUGUGCCAAGCUCAAGAAGCCUCGCCGUAUGAUGCUCUUGGUCAUGGCUGGCCCCGCCGUCGACGACUUCAUUGAGAAGCUCCUCCCCUUCAUCGAACCGGGCGACAUCAUCAUUGAUGGUGGAAACUCCCACUACCCAGACAGCAACCGCCGAACCAAGUACCUGGCCGAGAAAGGAAUCCGCUUCGUUGGUACUGGUGUCUCUGGUGGUGAAGAGGGUGCCCGUUAUGGUCCAUCCCUGAUGCCCGGCGGAAAUGAAGAAGCAUGGCCAUACAUCAAGGACAUUUUCCAGAGCAUUGCCGCCAAGUCCGAUGGUGAACCAUGCUGCGACUGGGUCGGUGACGAAGGUGCCGGCCACUACGUCAAGAUGGUGCACAAUGGUAUUGAAUACGGUGACAUGCAGUUGAUUUGCGAGGCCUACGAUAUCAUGAAGCGUGGCCUGGGUAUGAGCUACGCCGAGAUGGGUGACGUCUUUGCCGAGUGGAACAAGGGUGUCUUGGAUUCCUUCCUCAUCGAGAUCACUCGAGAUGUCCUCCGCUUCAACGACGAUGACGGCAAGCCGCUCGUUGAGAAGAUUCUUGACGCUGCUGGUCAGAAAGGUACUGGUAAAUGGACCGCCAUCAACGCCCUUGACCUCGGUAUGCCCGUCACUCUCAUCGGUGAAGCUGUCUUUGCCCGUUGCUUGAGUUCCAUCAAGGAUGAGCGUACCCGUGCCUCCACGCUGCUCUCAGGACCGACCCCCAAGUUCACCGGGGACAAGGCCGCUUUCCUCAAGAACCUCGAGCAGGGAUUGUAUGCUUCCAAGAUUAUCUCCUACGCCCAGGGCUUCAUGUUGAUGCAGAGCGCGGCCAAGCAAUACGGCUGGAAGCUCAACAAGCCAUCCAUCGCCCUCAUGUGGCGGGGUGGUUGCAUCAUUCGAUCCGUCUUCUUGAAGGACAUUACCUCGGCCUAUCGCCAGAACCCGGAUCUUGAGAACCUACUCUUCAAUGACUUCUUCAACAAGGCCAUUCACGCUGCUCAGCCUGGCUGGAGAGACGUCAUUGCUUUUGCUGUUCAAGCCGGUAUUCCCAUGCCUGCAUUCAGCACUGCGCUGGCCUUCUUCGAUGGUUACCGCACCAAGGACUUGCCCGCCAACCUUCUGCAGGCCCAGCGUGACUACUUUGGUGCCCACACUUUCCAGAUCAAGCCAGAGUACGCCAACGAGAAGUUCAAGGUUGGCGCUUACACUCACGUCAACUGGACUGGCCGUGGUGGAAAUGUCUCCGCCUCGACCUACAACGCAUAA